AUGGAAGGCGAAUUUGCAAAUGCUUCCGGAAUUGGCCCAAAUCUGCCAAAUUUGGCAGAUCUCAAGAAGUACCUGCGUGAAGAGAAGCCGCUUUAUUUCCAGGUAUUGGAACAAUAUUUGCGAAAUGCGGCAAAUUUGAUAAACAAUUUAACAGAGAGACUUGAGAGGAGUGACCACCAAGAUGAUGGCGAAGAAGGAGCGGAAGUUCCGAGAGCGGAUUUGUUUCGCCGCGCAAGUCCUCCGCUACGUCGGGAGCAACAGGAAGUGCUCCAUGAGCUCCUGGAGCGCGAGCAAGAAAUGGAGCGGCAGCGAGAAAACGAAGAGCGGCUCGCGCUCCAACUCCUCGAGCAACAGCAAGAAAAUGAAGACCAAGAAAUGAUGGAACCAGUAUCGGCACUGGUUUACGAUGAGGAGGGAGAGGAGAGGCUGGCGGAGUGGCGGCAGGUACCACACGAGCCAUCCCCAUAUGGGGAAAGUGUCGAUGUGGUACCGAGAGCGCAAGCAGCGGUCACGGAGCGUAGAGAAGUGGAAGAAGUCCGUGAAAUCGUACUACGUUCCAGGACCGUGCGAGUCCCAGUUGCAAUGCAACGAGGCCGCGAGGUGGAACCAGCAAGUCCGGAGGCCUUCCAUGUGCCGGUAGUGGAAGGUUUGCCGGCACAAUAUCAAGAACUGCUGGUUGUGCCAGAAAUCGACCCAUAUACAGUGAUUAGGAAUGCUGACGGGUCGGUAAUAAUUGAAUGCGGCAUGUGUUCCAAGGAAUUCGGGACGCUAAAGGGAUGGCGAAUUCACGCCGCCAAAAUGCAUCGACAAAAUGGCUUUUGCCAGAAAUGCGGCCAUUUCAUCGAAAUGCCGCACGUUCGCUCAGCCGAGGAAAUCGCAGCUACAAUGGAGCUCCAUUCUUUAGAAUGGUGCCCCAUGGCCGCGAAGGCUAUAAUGAAUGAAAGGGCUGUCAAACGGAGAAGGCUCGAGCUAGCGGGUAGAAGCGAUGAAGCGGCGCAUUAUUUCAUUCCUGGUAAAUGA